AUGGAUCCGAAUAUCAGGAAGGAAGACUUCCCGCUCUUUAAGUACAGCGAGUUCGACGUGCGCGCGCUCUGUGAACUUGCAACCAAGAUGCGAAGGGGAAUCUCAGCCUCAUGCGACUUGAAUCAGCGCCCAAAGCGUGGUGGCUUCAACUGGGCCGUUUUCAUUCUAUUUGAAGAUGGCCUUCAAUGGGUUCUCCGCUCGCCAGUCCAGAAUCACCCGGACCUGUCUGACGAGAGCGUUUUCAAACUUAUUGCAAGCGAAGCUGCUACGAUCUUGUAUCUGAAGACUUACACGGACAUACCUGUUCCCGCAGUUUACUCCUAUUGUUCCCAUCGAAUCAACCCGGUCCGGAUCCCAUACAUUUUGAUGAGCAAAGCGAAGGGCAGGACAUUGGAAACAAUGUGGGGGGGAAGUGACCUUCAUAAUCGUCUGGAUUCACUCGAAAUAAACAAAGUGAUGUCUCAACUGGGCCACAUUACAUGGAAACUUGCUCAAGUCCGCCUCAUGGCGACCUUGAUCAAGCAUGCCAACAUGUUGCCGUUGACGCACCACUGUUUUGCUGCACCGGUACCCUCUAGGAACGACUACCCGGACAAGGAUCAGUGGCAUGGUGCCCGCGAUCGUUGGAAUGAAUUUCUCACUAUUGGACAAAAGGUUGACGGUGCCACGAAUCGCGUUGACUAUAUUAUUGCUGCUCACGCGCUCAAUCGUCUGAUCUCUGAAUACGCGAGAAACUGGUCCGAAAUCACAUCUCCACCCAGCUUUCCACUCUGCCAUCCAGAUCUUACUACGAACAACAUAUUUGUCGACGAUCAAUACAAUAUUACGUGUAUCAUUGAUUGGGCUUUUGCCACAACCGUGCCCAUUCCCUUGCUUUUGUCACCACCAGGGUUUCCUCAGUCCCGACACAAGCUGGAUGACAGGUUCUGCAUUGGUUUCAGAGAUGGCUUCCAAGCUGCGAUACUCAAUGCGGUCAAUCCACCAAUCGGCUUGUCUGUUCUUAAAGCUCUUUGGUGUGUUGAAAACAGCCAGUUUGCUUGGUGUCUCACGAGGUUUUUAGCAUUCGAUUCCACAGACGACCUUUCCCUUUUUCGUACCAUGUGGGAAUCAAUCUACCCAUCGGCCCCAAAGCUCGAGUCAUAUCUCUUUUCACAAAGGGGUCUAAAAUUCUAUCGAGCCCUGCACAAGAGAAUCAGACUCCAGGACCUGUCGGAAACCCAGAUUCAAUCAUCAGAAAAUGAUCUUUUCAUCGACCCCUUGAGUUUUGAGCUGUCUUUGGCUCGCCAUUUGACCAUGAUCUCGGACUGGGGAUUCAACUAUGACCCAUCAAAAAUGUCUGGUCUCCGAGAUACAGAGCAAAUAUUCCUCACUGACGGACGGCUUUGGCGAUGGCUUAUGGAAUUCAGAAAACAACAGCGUGAGAGGCUCGAUAUUGAAGACACCCUAUGA